UGGGCACUGCAACUUUGAUCACCAACGCGCACACCCACGCCACGCCACGCCACCACACACACACGCUCUGUCUUGGCCGCAACAGAGUGUCUCUGUCUCUGUCUCCCGCCCGGCCCGCGCGAUGCCAGCCUCCUCCUGGUUCCACAAGCUCAGGGGGAGGAGCACAAGGAAGGGCAAGCGAUCGCCCGCGUGUCCGCCGAGUCCGACCCGUGGCUCCUCCGCCGACGCAAUCGCAUUCGUCGCCGCCUCGCCGGAGUGGACGGACCAAAAGACAAGCCAGCAGGGCCGGCCACCCGCGCGCCCACCGGCGGCGUGCGCCGGCUACUCUCCCAACAGAGCCUCCUACUACUUUCCGAGCGCGGACCGGGCGCCGCGCCCGGACGGAGCGCUCCGGUGCAUCGCCCCGCGCGGCGCCGCCGACGACGACGGCGCGGCCUUGGACGUCCGCGUCGACGUCAUCCAUCGCCGCGCCGGCAGGCUCGGCGGGAUUGACGCGCCUCCAGCGACGCCGGAGCUCAACCUUCGGCGCAUCGUCACGAGGCCCGCCGCCAAGAACGACCCCGCGGAAAGCGCCGCCGUCAGCAGCAGCGCCAGCACCCCCACCUCGGCUGCCACGACGCCGUCCACCUGCAGGGCGUGGGGGUUCCACGUGAAGCCGGACGGCAGGCGGCGGCGGCAGCGCGGCCACGACGACAAAAGUACCCGGAAGGAAAAAGCAGCCGAGGACGCGGGCAGCAGGAGACGGCGGUGGCUGUACGAGAGCCUGGUGGUGGUGAAGACAUCGUCGGACCCAGAGAGGGAUAUGGCGGAGAGCAUGGCGGAGAUGGUGGCGGCCAACCACAUCGGGUCAUCAGAGGACCUCGAGGAGCUGCUGGCGUGCUACCUCGCUCUCAACGCCGCCGAGCACCACCGCGCCGUCCUUGCCGCGUUCCGCCGCGUCUGGCACUCUGGCUUCACGUCGCCGGCCAAAGAAUGCGGCACCUGCGCCAUUAAGGCCACAAGCUGCCUGCACCGCAGGCGAACUACUCCUAAUUCCUAAACACCUCUGAAUUCUCUAGGAAUCACAUCACAAUGCACUUUCGUGUCUCAUGCAUGGAUGAGGAUGCAUCAUGCAUGCGUAGUGUGUGUGUGUGAUCAUAAUCAUAUCAUUGACGGAUUGAUCGGCUCAUGGUCAUGAUCCAAGUAUAUUCUUGUUGCGUUUUAGUCUUGAUGAAAAGGCUAGUAUAGCUUGCAUUC